AUGGGGCUUAUCGAGGGAUUGCUAAGCUCCAGCCCUGACCUUCGUAAGAUCUACGUCGUGGUGCGUGAGAAAAAAGGUCAAUCGCCAUCGGAGCGUGUUGUGAAGCUCCUGUCCAGCGAGAUCUUCAACCAUUUGUCUGCAGAAACCAAAGCAAAAGUAGUGCCCAUUGUGGGAAACCUUACAGCUCAGGAUCUUGGACUGGAUCCCAUUACUCUUAAGGAAAUUAGGGAGACAGUAACUGUAGUUUAUCACAAUGCGGGUUUGAUCAAGUUCAACCGUAGUCUUAAAGAGGCUGUUCUAAUGAAUGUUCUCAGCACUUUGCGUUGUAUUGAUCUGGCCAAAAGUCUUGUACAUCUCUCGGCCUUCAUCUACUCCUCUACAGCUUUGGCUAAUUCUAAUAUUCAAGAUAAGAUCCUAGAGGUUGUUUAUAAAACCAAAGAGUCUCCUAGAGAAAUGAUCAAACUAGCUCUCGAGACACCUUCUACAAUUGAUCGAGUGGCAGAGAUCCGGGAGGAUUUCAUUGAGGGUCAUCAAAACACUUACACAUAUUCUAAGCAAUUGGCAGAGAAUCUUAUUCUUGAGGAAAUGGCGGGACUUCCAACGGGGAUUGUUAGACCAUCAUUAGUGAAAGUCAUGGAUACUAAAUUGGUUCGAUUUAGAGAUUAUUUUGCCAAUAGAAGCAUUCUCCUUACUGGGGGAACGGGUUUUGUCGGGAUGGGGCUUAUCGAGGGAUUGCUAAGCUCCAGCCCUGAUCUUCGUAAGAUCUACGUUGUGGUGCGUGAGAAAAAAGGUCAAUCACCAUCGGAGCGUGUUGUGAAGCUCCUGUCCAGCGAGAUCUUCAACCAUUUGUCUGCAGAAACCAAAGCAAAAGUAGUGCCCAUUGUGGGAAACCUUACAGCUCAGGAUCUUGGACUGGAUGCCAUUACUCUUAAGGAAAUUAGGGAGACAGUAACUGUAGUUUAUCACAAUGCGGGUUUGAUCAAGUUCAACCGUAGUCUUAAAGAGGCUGUUUUAAUGAAUGUCCUCAGCACUUUGCGUUGUAUUGAUCUGGCCAAAAGUCUUGUACAUCUCUCGGCCUUCAUAUACACCUCUACAACUUUGGCUAAUUCUAAUAUUCAAGAUAAGAUCCUAGAAGUUAUAUAUAGAACCAAAGAGUCUCCUAGAGAAAUGAUCAAACUAGCUCUCGAGACACCUUCUACAAUUGAUCGAGUAGCAGAGAGUCAGGAUGAUUUAAUUGAGGGUCAUCAAAACACUUACACAUAUUCCAAGCAAUUGGCAGAGAAUCUUAUUCUUGAGGAAAUGGCGGGACUUCCAACGGGGAUUGUUAGACCAUCAUUAGGUAAUUAAACUGACGUAGAAGAGUUGUGAUAUAAAAAAAAUCUCUGCGAUAAAUUGAAAGCUCAGUUGUAACUUUCAAGUCCGGUUUAGUGUUUAUCAUGUGAUACAAAAGCAAUACGCAAAAUGGCUCUUAUUUUUUAAACAUAUUUUCGUAGUUCAGCGAGAGUAAUCUAGUUCUUUGUGUCAUUGAUAGUGUACCAUUGAGCAAAAGAGUGAAAUAUUUCGAUUAAAAAUAUUUGGCUACUAUUCGAUCCAAACUUCAGCUGUGGUUUUUAUUGUGCAUUAAAUUAUUGUGACGAAUUCUUUAUUGAAGUACUUUAAUAACUUGAAAUCUAUCAUUUUUGUACAUUUGAUAGAAUUCGUUAAUUUAAAAUUCCGGAUAUUAUAUAUUUAAGGGGUUAAAUGAGUCUCGAAGACUAAAAGAUAAAUAUGUUUUUAUAAAUUCUUUUUAGCAUAACAAUU